AUGCUCGACUUUAUUCGCCAUCACUGGUACGACCUUGGUGUCAUAUCAUUCUUCCUUUCCAUUCGAUACUUCCAUCUUAAUCGGCGCAACUUGACUACUUGCCAAAAGAUCCUUCUCGCCAAUUUUAUGACUGUCUUAGUUCAUCAAUUUGAGGAAUAUCGCUUCCCGGGAGGGUUCCCAGCAGCGAUGAACAUCGGUGUUCAUGACAGCUCACGACCCGAUCGAUUCCCCUUAAGUGCCAACUCCUCGACCCUCACCAAUGUGGUGGCUACUUACGGGUUCUAUCUUCCGCCGAUAUUCUUUCCAGAGCUCGUCUGGUACGGGCUGGCGCCUAUUUUAUUCGGAUUCGGACAGUUCUUCAUCCAUGGUAUUAACAUGAACAUGGAGCUGGGUUCGACCUACAACCCAGGGCUCGCAUCAGUCAUUUUGCUUCAUAUUCCUAUCGGUUACUACUACAUUCGCCACAUGACGGAAAUUGGCAAAUUGACGGGGCGACAGUGGGCUUUGGGUCUUGCCUAUGGCGCUGCGUUCUGGUAUCUGAUGCUUAUUAAGUCUACAUUUGGCUGGCUUGUUGAUUACGACUCGCCGUAUCCGUUCUACCCUUCUGAAAUGCAGCGUGGAGGAAUGGCAGCUUGGCUUGAACGCGUCCACAAUGUUUGA